AUGCCUUUCCCUACCCAUCCUCACGUCAAGACCCGCCCCUCCUUCUCCUCCUCAACCACUUCCCCUAAUGACAUCGACUCUGCCAGCAUAUCGUCCGGCUCAACCCAUCAGCACCACCACCACGAGAACUACCCAGACCUCAGACCACUCCCAAAGUCACAUGCCCCCAUGGCUUGCAUAGACCCCGCGCUCGCCAUCCCCUUCGACCUCUCCAUCCUCACAAUCUCCCAUAAAAAAGACCACAACGCUGUCAAGGCCAUCAUCGUCGGAGGAGGCAUUGCAGGACUUUCCCUCGCCAUCAUGAUGGCCAAGGCGGGCAUCGAAUACGUCAUCCUCGAACGCUCCACCAGCCUCGAAGCCUCGAUGGGCAGCGCCACCAUCCUCGGCCCACCUGUCCUCCGUCUCAUUGAGCAAAUGGGUCUUUUGCCCCAAGUAGAAGCCGCCUCCAAGGCCCUCACUGGCCUCAACGUCGUCGACGGAGAGUGCCGCAAAAUCAGCCGUCUCGAGAGUAUCGAUGAGGAUCGAUAUGGCUACCCCCUGCGCCUCAUUUCCCGCCAAGACCUUCACCGCAUUCUGCUCGAUCAUGUCCCUAAAGAGCAUAUCCAGCACGGCAAGCUCGUUCUCGAAACCCUUCAAAACCCCAACGGUGCCUCCUGCAAGUGCUCCGACGGCUCAACGUACUAUGGCGACAUUAUCGUUGGCGCCGAUGGCAGUCAUAGUCUCACUCGCGAACGCAUGUAUACCCAGCUGAAGGAGCAAGGCAAACUGCCCGACGCUGACAUGGAGCCCUCCUGCUACGAAAACAUUAGCAUUGGAGGUAUCACCAACCCCCUCGAUAAAACCUUCUAUCCCGCUGCACAUGAACCCACCGCCGAAAUGCACGUCAUCUACACCAAGGAGGCUCCUUAUUCAGUACGUCAAUUGCCUUACCUCGAACUGUUUGCAGCUCUCGCCGCUGCUAACACCGCCUCGACAACCACAACCCCCAGUCCAACUACCAACAGCAACAGCAAUAUCGCGAACCAUGAAAGUUCCGUUACCGGCAGCGUCAGCAGUAGCAGCAGCAUCGGCAGCAGUGUCAGCAGUAAUGCCGCCAUGAUCCCAACGCUUCCUGGCAAUGCUGCCAACUCUAUCGCUCAAAAUGGUACCGGAUUUCACAGCCACACCAACGGACUUGCCGCUCACAACGGUUACAUUCCAAACAAAUCCACCAACGCCAUUCCACCACCUCUGUCCCGGACCUCAUCGGCACAAAAGAUUCACGACGACUGGUUCGUGCCCAGUAGUGUCGACCUCGAGUUGCACUUUAAAGAUUUGCUCAACGCCCGAUGCGCCAUUGGUGUUGGAACUGUCCGGGACUUUAUCGCGAACACCCCCAAGGGUACCAUGUCCACUGUUGAUGUUGAAGAGCGACUCAACAAGACUUGGUACCACGGCCGUAUCGUCCUCGUUGGCGACGCAUGCCACCAGCUUUUGCCGAUUGGAGGUCAAGGUGCUGUCCAGAGUAUGCUGGAUAAUGUAUGUCUUGUCAACCUCCUCUAUGACAUGGAAUUCAACACGCCCAGCGAGAUCGCUAAGGUCUUUAAAAGGUAUCAAGCCAAACGCUGCAGUCUUGCGAAAGCUUCCAUCGAAGAGACCAGUCAACUAGACAAGGUCUUCCAUCGCCAGGGUCUCAUGGCAGUGAUGAUGCGCAGGUUUACGUUCAACGCCUUCUGGUCGUUCAACAUGAAGAACGACAAAUACAACAACAACCGACCUCAGCUCUCGUUUUUGCCCUUUGUCCAGGACCGCGGUACAAGCAAAGCCAAUCGUCAGAAGAUAUCUAGCCGGCUUCUCGCAAACAAGACCUUUGCCGUUUAG